AUGAAUUCCAUAGAUGCUUCCAAGAAACGCAAGCGAAAGCAUCGUCAAUCCAAAACAGAAAACUUCGAAGCCUCAGAUCCGACAGUUGUAUCCAGUCCUGCGACUAAUAGAGGCGCAAAACCGAAGCGCUCCAAGGAAGAAAAGUCAGAUCAGAAAUCGAAGAAGCCUCGCGUAUCAGACAUUGCGCCAAAAGAAACUCUACCUGAGAAUUCAGAAAAUGAGACACCUGCACAUGAUGAGCAAACUACAGAGGCAGAAUUGGCUGAGGUAAUCGGCAAGGAUAAAGCUGAGGAGGAUAUGGAGGAUAAAUUUUCGGAUGAAAAUGCAGAUGAAAACACGGACGUGGAAAAUGGCCCUGAUUCCGAACAAUUAGUAGACGUUGGGAGGUUAUCGUUGCCAAAUUCUGAUGCGCAGGCCCAGAAAUUUUCACAACUCAACCUUUCCGAUAAAACUAUGAAGGCUAUUGCCGACAUGAAUUUCGACGAUAUGACGGAAAUCCAACAGCGAGGUAUUCCACCUCUACUGGCCGGUCGAGAUGUACUCGGCGCGGCGAAGACAGGAUCAGGUAAAACCCUCUCUUUCUUGAUUCCGGCCGUUGAAAUGCUUUACUCGUUACGAUUCAAACCGCGCAAUGGAACUGGAGUUAUUGUAGUCUCUCCAACAAGGGAGCUUGCCCUACAGAUAUUCGGUGUGGCCAGAGAGCUGAUGGCACAUCACUCACAAACUUACGGGAUUGUCAUUGGUGGCGCAAACCGCAGAGCUGAAGCCGAGAAGCUGGCAAAAGGUGUCAACUUAUUAAUAGCCACUCCUGGGAGACUUUUAGAUCACCUUCAGAACACCCAGGGCUUUGUCUUCAAGAACUUGAAAGCAUUAGUGAUUGACGAAGCCGAUCGCAUUCUCGAGAUCGGCUUCGAGGAUGAGAUGCGACAAAUCGUGAAGGUACUCCCCAAGGACGACCGCCAAACUAUGCUAUUUUCUGCUACCCAGACGACAAAAGUGGAGGAUCUCGCGCGUAUAUCGCUGCGCCCGGGGCCGCUCUAUAUCAAUGUCGAUCACCAGAAAGAGUACAGUACCGUUGAAGGUCUUCAGCAAGGCUAUGUUCUGUGCGAUUCGGAUAAACGCUUUCUCCUGCUCUUCUCCUUCCUCAAACGAAACCUGAAGAAGAAGAUCAUCGUCUUCUUUUCCUCCUGCGCCUGCGUCAAGUAUCACGCCGAGCUCCUCAAUUACAUUGACUUGCCUGUAUUGGACCUGCACGGCAAGCAGAAGCAGCAGAAGCGUACCAACACCUUCUUUGAAUUUUGCAAUGCAAAACAGGGCACGCUUAUCUGCACGGAUGUCGCAGCCCGUGGUCUCGAUAUCCCUGACGUCGACUGGAUUGUCCAAUUCGAUCCGCCCGACGACCCGCGAGACUACAUUCACCGCGUAGGUCGAACAGCGCGCGGCUCUAAUGGUAAGGGACGCUCCUUACUCUUCUUGCAGCCGAACGAAGUCGGUUUCCUCAUGCAUCUCAAGACAGCACGCGUGCCUGUCGUCGAGUUCGACUUCCCCACCAAGAAAAUCGUCAAUAUCCAGUCCCAGCUGGAGAAAUUGAUUGACCAAAACUAUUACCUUAAUAAGAGCGCUAAAGAUGGCUACAAGAGUUAUCUUCAAGCUUAUUCUAGUCACUCUCUUCGCACGGUUUUCAACGUUACUCAGCUCGAUCUCAUCAAAGUCGCCCGUAGCUUUGGUUUUCGAACACCGCCACGCGUCGACCUGGUUAUAGGGGCUGGAAUGGCGAGAGAUAAAAAGAUGCAAGGUAGAAGAGCUUAUGGUAGUCAGCCUAGGCAAGGGGGAAGCUUCAAGAAACGGUGA